AAAGUUUCCGGGAGUUGUCCCGCCCCAGCCGGAAUCAAACCCGGAAGAGAUCGAAAGCGAAAAUGGCGACGAGAGGUGCGACGCUGAAAAUGGUAAAGGCAAUGCGUAUUUCAUUUGAUCCGUUUUGUAGCAGUAAUGCAGUAACUAUAGCCAGGGAAUUUUUACGUCGUGUAUCAUCUCCAAAACUGAUUGAAACCAAUCCCAAGUUCAAAUUAUCUGCUGAAAUUAAAUCUGAUGGCUCUUCACCAUCUAUUGAAGUUACAUACGUGGAUAAAGACACGCAAGUGCUAGAUUUGAACAGUCGUUUUGAAGACGUUUACGCAAAUUUUAUCAAAUCAUGCAGAGCUAAAGAAUAAUAUCAUUAUCUAAUAUUUCUUUCUGUAUUAAUUUUCUGUGUAUAUUUGUAUAUUUUUUAUAGCUGAUCAAGUUUUUUUUCAAUAA